CCUCCCUCACAGCGCGCGCGCAGGCGACAAGGACCCCAAGGCUGAACUCCAGAUCCUGCAGCCUCUCCAAAUCAUUAAUUAAUUUAUUUAGUUAUUUAUUUAUUUAUUUUCCCACAACACACCACAGCUAAAACGAUCGCGAUAACACCAGCGAUAAUCACGGAAGAGUAGUCUCACGUCGCUGGAGGCCUCGAUUAUCAAGGAUUUGCAGACAUUUAUCUACCUAGUGCUUCGCUUCUUCAUUUGUUCAUUUAUAUAUGAGUGCGACCGUCUUAGUAUAACACCAUGUCUUCGGGGCUCGAUUCCCAGAAGUUAAGCCAUGUAUUUCAGUCGCGACCAGAUAUCGUACAAGGAAUUCAGCAAGCUGCUGACUCCCCAUCUCGAAUAAAGCUCUUUAACAACAUUGUUGGUUUCGUGUACGAGCAGCUCAAUGGCGUACAAUCCGAAGAGCCCGCCCAAAAACGCCGACGCGUCGAUAUUGAGCCGUCGCAAAAUGGCCAUCCCUCACAAUCCGACGGCGUAACGGCACCUUCCCCUGACAGUGUCUCAAACGAGGACGUCCUGCUAGAGAUAAAGGAUAUAUCUGUCUCCAUACCACAACGCAAGAAGUUCGAUUUAUGUUUCACCGCCAGUCAUCUAUAUGCCCGUGCCCCUGGAACAAAGGCGCCUGUCCCUAACAUAAUAUUCCCAUGGAAGAGCAUAGAGUAUGCUUUCUUCCUCCGGGUUCCUGAAAAGUCCCAGAUACAGCACAACUAUGUUAUUCUCCCACAAAACUCAUAUUUCCCUUCCCAAACCGCUACUGCUAGUGUUGACCCCCUUGUCUUCACGAUACCAGCAACAGCACCGAAGCCUGGGUCCAUCGGUGGGCCGAAUGCUGACGCGGCAUCUUCCGUGGCCGACUCGUACUCAACUCUGUUUCACUGGGCAAUCAACAAGUGCCUCCAAGCCGGAGGCAAACAAGUGCAGAUUGUCGCUGCCGAUCCCGCUAAGUUCCACAGUGUCAUACGCCAACCUCACAGGCCUAAAGAGCAAGCUGUGCAUGUUAAGGCCUUUCGAGGUUCCAAAGAUGGCUAUCUCUUCUUUUUGGAAAACGGCAUCUUGUGGGGUUUCAAGAAGCCUUUAAUGUUUCUACCGCUCGACAAGAUCGCAGCUGUUAGCUACACCAAUGUGUUACAGCGUACAUUCAACAUGGUCGUCGAGAUUUUCACCGGGGAAGGAGGCGACGAGGAAGCUACAGAGGAAAUUGAGUUUGCUAUGCUAGAUCAAGAAGAUUAUAACGGUAUAAACGAGGACUAUAUUACUCGCCAUAAACUCCAAGACCGAAGCUUGGCAGAUCAACGAAAGGCAAAACGAGAAUUAAUCGAAAAUACCAAAGGCAAAAAGGGGUCUGGGGAAGAGGCAGAGGAUGGAAACGGUGCAGUGGGCGAGGACGGUAUGACCGAACUACAGCGAGCUCAGUUGGAGGCUGAACAACAGCUGCAAGACGAAGAGGACGAAGAUGAGGAGGACUACGAUCCAGGAUCGGAUGAAGACUCUGACGGAUCCGGCACGAGUUCAGACGACGAUGAUGAUGACGACGCUGGUGACAAUGACGAAGACGAAGCUGAUGAUAAUGACGAAUAGUCAUCAAGCCAUGUACCAUAACGAACGUGUAUGAUAAGGGAUUACUUGGGGACGCUACUGGUAGUUCCCUACUGUAAAAAGUAGAAUCAGCCUGCCAUAUUUCGGUGUUUACCAUGGGUAGACAUGAGAAUCGAUCAACAACAGGUAACGCAAGGUCAUUAACUACAUCAAGGCAGAUAUGCCUGUCAUGCUAAAGCUUAUUCGGUCCGUUAUAUGGUGGAUUACAUGUACACAUACGUCAAUUUACACUUAUGCGUGCUUCAAUUACAUCACAUCGCUAGUUGUGUACAAUGAUCCAGUCACCUAGGUAUAUAUCGCA